AGUAAGCACCAAUGGCCACACACGUCACCAGCGCGACACAGCCCUUACUUCCGGCCCGUGGCGGAGGCAAUCGUAAUUAUUCCGGUCAACCGGGGCACGAACAUACUGGGGACAACAACAACAUGGCGAAAACCUCUUGUAAAGAGUGCUGUACGAAGGAAUUUCACCCUAGAAAUUUUGGUCUCAGUCAUGAGAGUCCCGAGCUGUUUGCGACGGCCCAGGGAGGAUUUGGAAUUGCUUACGUCAUCUACCGCGUAAUCUGGGCGCUGUUCCAUGUGACGUGGAUAAUUCUCAGUGGCGUCAUACCCUACAGUUGGUAUAGUAGCGAGCCCAAUCGCGUCAAAUGGUUUAUCUACCUCACCAACUGGUCCUACCUCAUCCUGACGGUUAGCGCCAUAAUGCAAGCUGCUGUGGCUAUCAACCAUUAUGUAGAACGCAGAAAACAUGGCGGCGUCCCAUACCCGGCUAUGACGUGGUACCUGAAGAUGGCGUGGGUCAUCUAUAAUAUCAGUAGUAAUGCCGCCAUUGUAGUUACUGCGCUCUUUUGGGGUCUCAUAUUCCCGGCUUAUUUAGCCACCGGCACAGAGCUUCAUUAUAUCGACGUGGGAACACACGGCGGGAACACCCUGUACGUUCUCAUCGACAUCUUCAUCACAGCAACUCCAGUGAGAAUUUAUCACUUCCUGCACCCAUUCUUGUUCGGGGCUACAUUCCUGGUAUUUUCUGCCAUCUACGACGUAACAAAUGGGACCAAUGCGUUGGACAAGGAGUACAUAUACUCCGUGUUGGAUUGGACCAGCAAUGCGGGGUCGGCGGCCAUGUACGCUGUGUUAGUUGCGCUGGUUGCGAUACCGCUGGUGCAAUGCGUGCUGUACGGAUUGUAUCGACUGCGAACGGCUCUCUAUGGGUGCUGCUGCCCACGUUCAGUUGGUCCUCUCGAUAAUGAGAGCGGUGAUAAACAAGAAUAUGGAAUGGCAUAGUGUUAAGUAAGAUAAAACUUCCGAGAAAGUCAAGACCAGUUCUGUAUUUUUUACACUUUUUUACACUCAGGAAGAAGGAAAGUUAUGAGAUAGCUACAUUCCUUUUUUUUUAAACUGCAAUGCAUAAUAUAUUUUCUGAACAUUGACUGUACAUUCCGAAUGGAUGGAAGACAAAGAUACAGUGUCAGAGAGGAAGAUUUAUUUUUAUCAUGUUUUGAAAUAAUUCCUCGUUAAAUGUUGAGCGUAACUUAGUACCGAAAACUUGUUUUACUUUUUAUACAUCGAAUAUAUUAUAUGUCAACGCGUUAUAAAUGAUAUUGAUAAAUGUUUUGUUUGUGAUAAAAGGGUGUUAGAAACAUCAUUAUGACAUCCAAAUGCCAGUGCGAAUGAAGGUGGUUGUAAACAUAAAGAUAUGAAUAAAAUUAUUUUAUUAUA